ACUUCGCGUAUAAGUUUUCCCGGCUUUUAGUUUCCUUUCCGGGAAAUUUUCAGUAGCCAUGUCGACCAUUUCGUUUCCAAGAACUAAUUUCUUUACUUACGCUUGCAAUGGAUCGAGUCCCCGCCACAAGCUUCAUUCAAUUUCGCUCACUCCAAAUACGAAAAUGAAUACGAAAUCAAUCGGCCUGGUGAGGAAGGAAGAUCAUUCGGUAUUGCCUCGAACGUCGUUGAUUACUCAUCUUAAAUUCAACAGUCUAGAACCGUCGGAUGAGGAUCUUUUUCACGAAAAGAAAUUAGUAUUCGGAAAUUACGUGGCGAGACAGGCCGUCCGCGAUGAAGAAUUGUGGGUAGCGGCAUAUCUGAGAGCAGAAACUCACUGGGAAGAUCAACCAGGCGAUGAAAGAUUGAUCGAACACCUCAAAAUGGAUUUCAUUGAGCGGGAGUUCAAUUCCUUGAAAAUGCGAUGCCGGGGGCAAUUCGGGCAGAUAAAUAAAUGUGUCGUCGCGGUUUGUAAGCCGGACCUGAAUGUGCAACGCACGGUGAUUAAAAGCGUAGUUGGAACCCUUGAUAUCAGCAUUAGGCAUCUGUUACAUGGAGAGACUUUUCCUGGGCAACAUAAGAAGUAUCGCUUCCCCAUCAUCAACACAAAAAACCUUCAGAAAUAUGCUUACAUUUCGAACUUAUGCACCAGGAAAUCGGCCCGUCGACAAGGCAUUGGCAGCAAUAUGAUGCGUUUUGUUAUUGAAUUCGCCAAAUUAAGUGGCAUCAAAUCCGUAUAUGUCCAUGUGUGUAGGGACAACAAACCGGCAUUCAACCUGUACCGAAAGCUUAAUUUUGAGGUGGUUGAAAUGGCAAACUCUGCGUUAGAAGAAGAGCAGAUGUACUUACUCUGUUAUAAGGCAUGAAACUCAGUUGAAUACAAAUUUAGGAUGGGUGAGAAAAGGUGACUUGGAUAGAUAACCAGAAAUUGUAAAUGCUAUGAAUUGCUAACAAUAUGCUUUUUGCUUCGAUUUAAUUACAUUGAUUCAUAAAGUUUCUUGUAGUAUUCUACAUGUUUAAGAUUUCAAUUAUCAUUAUUUGAGGCUAAAA